AUGGAAUCAGACCUUGAUAUACAUCAGAGUAAUAAUGUAGGAGACCAUCCCCAUAAAUGUAAUAUCUGUGCCCAGAAAUUCAACUACAUUGCUGACCUUAUUCAGCACCACAGAAUUCACACUAGAGAGAAACCCUAUAGGUGUGAUGAAUGUGGAAAAGGCUUUAGAAAAAGCUCACAACUAAUUCAGCAUCAUAGGAUCCAUACUGGAGAAAAACCUUAUAGUUGUGAGGAAUGUGGCAAAGCCUUUAGUCAGAGCUCACAACUAAUUCGACAUCAAAGAACUCAUACUGGAGAAAAACCAUAUAAAUGUAGUGAAUGUUGGAAAGACUUCAGUCAGAGAGCAAACCUUAUUCAACAUCAGAGCAUUCACACUGGUGAGAAACCUUAUGAAUGUGAUGAAUGUAGUAAAGCCUUCAGUUUGAACUCACAACUUAUACGACAUCAACGAACUCACACUGGAGAGAAACCUCACAAAUGUAACGAAUGUGGGAAAGCCUUCAGCCAGAGAGGCAAUCUUAUUCAGCAUCAGAUAACUCAUACUGGAGAGAAACCUCAUGAAUGUAAUGAAUGUGGGAAAGGCUUCAGUCAGAGAGCAAACCUCAUUCAACAUCAGAGAACUCAUAGUGGAGAGAAACCCUAUGAAUGUAACAUAUGUGGAAAAGGCUUUAGUUGGAGUUCUCGACUUAUUCGACAUCAGAGAACUCAUACUGGAGAAAAACCCUUUGGAUGUGAAGAAUGUGGUAAAGCGUUCAGUGUGAACUCAGAACUUAUGUUACAUCAGAGAAGUCAUACUGGAGAGAAUCCUUAUAAAUGUAAUGAAUGUGGGAAGGAUUUCAGUAGGAGUUCAAAUCUUAUUCAACAUCAAAGAAUUCAUACUGGAGAAAAACCUUUUAUUUGUAAUGAAUGUGGUAAAGCCUUUAGUCAAAGAGCAAACCUCCUUAAGCAUCAGAUAAUUCACUCUGGAGAAAAUGAAUAUGCAUAA